UUCGCAUUUCUUUCUUCAUUUGCUUUUGGUUUGCUGCACGCGACACAAACCUAUUCGCUGCAUAUAUUCUUCAUCAAACAGAAGAGCAUAGAGCGCUGGAGCUUGAUACGCGAAGUGGAUCACAAUGGAGGGAGAAGAUGGGCCGGGCAGUGGGAGAGUAAGAUCAAGGUCGGAGGCAAUGCCUUCGCAGACUGACCACGAGGCGAACAAUGGAGACCGAAACGAGCCACCCGAACAAGAUUUGCGCGACCAGGCUAGGCAGGAAGAUACAGGGCGACCAGGAAGAUCAGCGACUGUCUCUGCAAACGACUUUCAACCUCGAGAACGAACAUCUUUGCACCGCGAAACAUCUGCAGGCCUGCGUCGCCGAGAAACUGCGGAAACCAGAAGAAGUGGCACACAAGGAAAAGCGAGUACAGUAGCAGGUAGGACACGAGGGCUGUCGCUCGCGGGGCCACAAGAAGUGCCUGUUAUCCAGCAAGCGUACGAGCCGUACGUGCAUCCUGGUUACACGGAACUGAACCCAGCCUACGAACAGCCCGCAAAUGCGAAGCCGGUAUGGAGUUUGGCAAAGCCCCUACCUCGCGUGUUGCGACCAGGGAUGGUGCCAACCAAGAGCGAGAUACUGCAAUCGCGGCAGAAUCCGGAGAUGCCUGCAGAGCAGACGCAGAAGGCGGACCUUGAUGUUGAUCCAAAUGACUUGGAGGCAGGUAGGAUCGAGCUCGAAUUGAACCCCAAGAAAGUUUCCGCUCAGCUCAUCGACUCAAGGGCGCAAAGAGAGAAUAACCUCAUCUCCAGCAUCGCAAGGCGAGGUACAAUCCCAACAAGGCUCGAGAGCCGGCCUACGAGAGCGUCUUCGACGGCUUCUAGGAUCGGCAGGGCACGAGCGUCGAGCGCGGCGUCGCAACGAUCGAUAGCUGGCCACAUUGCGCCUCAAGAGGAGGCCGGAAAGGCACAGGAGCCUACGCCAUUGUCUCCGGCAGAAGAUCGCCCGACAGAACCACCACUCGACGCAAUACCUGAGCACGGCUUGCCCCCAGUGCAAGGCACGGAGCAAGACGACAAAGAUGACUCCUCGCUUGCCACUCUUGCGCUUGAGGACGAUGCUGCUAUCUUGCAGGACAUGGAUCCCAUCGAAUUAGUCGAGAAGCCAGACGGCUUGGAAGAAGUGCACAACAACCACACGUGGUGGUCUGUCGUCAGAACACAAUAUCGCGAGUUUCUGGCAGAGCUUCUGGGCACGUUCGUGCAGCUCACCAUCGGCUUCUGCGGCGAUACGCAGGUGACAUUGAAUCGUGGAAGCAACACCCACACCACAGCCUGGUUGUGGGGUAUGGCAACAAUGAUCGCGAUUUACAUUGCUGGUGGCAUAUCCGGCGCUCAUUUCAAUCCAUCAAUCACCACGGUUCUCUGGUUCUACCGUGGAUUUCCGAAGCGGAAGAUGCCCGAGUAUUUCAUUGCUCAAUUCCUCGGAGCCUUUCUGGCCUGCUAUGCUGCGUAUGGGAUAUACUAUGCUGGCAUCCAGGACUAUCUACAAAGUGGUGUUGCGACUGAUGUGGUCAACGGCUUCGUCACCAGCCAGCGGCAUGAGUUCAUUGGCGUUGCCACUGCAUUCUUCAACGAGUUUCUCGGGACGGCUUUCCUAGCAUGCACCGUGCUCGCACUCGGCGACGACAUGAAUGCACCCCCAGGUGCAGGCAUGAAUGCUUUCAUCAUCGGACUCGUCAUUACAGGACUCAACCUCAGUUUUGUUUACAAUACUGGACUCGCCAUGAAUUUUACGCGUGACUUCGCGCCGCGCUUAGCUUUACUGUCGCUCGGAUAUGGAUCGGAACUAUUCACGAACCCUUACUGGGUCUAUGGGCCUGGUAUUGCCACGAUUUGUGGAGCGAUGACGGGAGCUGCGUUGUACGACAUUGCCAUCUUUACCGGUGGCGAGUCGCCGAUAAAUUACCCUUGGACGAGGACGAAACGAAGCUGGAGAAAGGGAAAGGCGAAGUGGAAGAGGAGGGCGAGAUUUCAAAGGAGAGAGAAGAAGGAGGAGAAAUUGACAAGGUGAGAUGUUGAAUGUCAGCAUGUGCAGUUGUCGAACCGUUUAUCGUGCCAUGCUUAUGUGAGAUCAUCAUGAUUUGGAUACAGGGCUGAAUGGGCUGGAAUUCUGGCAACGAACGAGAUAUCCCCAACAGAUUUCGCAGACAGGCAUCAUGAUCGUGUACAGUCGGAAUUGUGAGGCCGGACCAUACAACUUUGUAUCACGUGCAGUCUCGCUCUCGUCGUGCAGUCCGAGGGCGGCGACCCACAAGAAUCGGGAAGGCUAUUCGCGGGAAAUUGGUUAUCUGAUCAUGCCAAGGUUCGUCCGACAUGGCAUUUGCUCAACAUUGUUGAAGCGUAGAACGCUGCCAUGUUCAGCGUGUUGCGAGUUUGCAGGACAGAUGCAACGUGUUCUCCAUGUACUGAAGGGGAAACAAUUUGAUGCAUGAUGCAAGCUAAGGAGCGCAGCUCAAGUACCGAGGCGGGAAAAGGAGCGCGGGCUAAAACAAUCAGCCCUGGGAGUUAGUCAGUAGGACUUGCUCGGUGUGCGGACAUGCAUGCAAUGGACGCGAUCCAACUCCGCGAUUUCCAAGCAGACACGUAGCAAUACCGCACCAUCUGUCAGCUCCGACAGCGACGAACAGAGUGUGAGCAAAAAGGUGUAACCAUGAGGGAAAGAUUUCCGCACUGCAGAAUCGUGACGAAGUUGUAAAGAAGAGGCUUGGCGGGCAGUCGAAAGUUAACUAGUAGGGCGAUCGCGG